AUGUCAACCGACCCCUCCCCCAUCCUCACCACUAAAUCCCCCUCCGGCAUAACAACCAUAACCCUCAACCGCCCCUCCCGUCGCAAUGCCAUCGACCCUCCCACUGCAAAACUCCUUUACGAAGCCAUAAUCAACUUCGAAGACGACCCAUCCCAAAGAAUCCUAAUCCUCCACGGUGCCAACGGUACCUUCUCCGCAGGCUUCGACCUACACUCCCUCGCCUCGAGCACUUCAACUUCCUCCGCCCUCGCCGGCGGCGAAGUUUUUCAAGAAGAUGUAGACCGUCAAUUAGGACCAAUGGGACCCUCACGUCUCACCAUCCAAAAGCCAGUGAUAGCAGCGGUAUCAGGCUACGCCGUAGCCGGAGGUAUGGAGUUAUCACUCCUAGGCGACAUUAGAAUCGUAGAAGAAGAUGCAAUCUUCGGUAUCUUCUGUCGAAGGUUCGGAGUGCCACUUAUCGACGGUGGGACGGUAAGAUUACAGGCUAUUGUGGGAUUAGGUAGAGCUUUGGAUUUGAUAUUGACGGGGAGACCUGUUGAUGCUAACGAGGCUUUGGCUAUGGGGUUGGCUAAUAGGGUUGUGGGGAAAGGGAAGGCUUUGGAGGAAGCUGAGAAGAUUGCGGAGCAGUUGUUGGGGUUCCCGCAGGAGUGUAUGAAUGUGGAUCGGAGGAGUACGUAUAAUGCGGCUUAUGAUGCGAAGAGCUUUCGGGAGGCUUUGAAGUUUGAGUUUGAGAAUGGAGUGAAGGUUAUUAGUGAGGAGAGUGUGAGUGGGGCGAAGAGGUUUAGUAGUGGGGUUGGGAGGCAUGGGCAGUUUGGUGAGGGGAAGUUGUGA